GCCUACUCCGACAGCGCCUGCCAGCGCGGCCGCGCGCGGGUGGAGCACGAGGCGCACGAGGGAUUCUGGCUCCGCGGCGUGCUGCCGCGGGCAUGGACUGAGAACCCAGAGCCUAUCGCCAUGGGCCGCUGGAUGAGUGCGGGCCAGGAGGGCCCCAUUGCUGCCGGCGCGCUGGGCGCCAGCACGGCGGCGCGGCCCCCCGUCGUCUUCGGCGGCGCCACCGGCGGGCCAGAGGCUGCUGCCCCCGCGCUGCGCCAAGUGGGCUUGGCGGCAGUGGUCGUGCAGCCCCAUGAUGGGCGCGCGGUCCGCGCCAUCUUCGGAGGCUUGUCGGGGCCGCAGCAGACGGUGCACCGCGGCGAGCAGGGGGCUCUUGUCUUGGCGGCCCAGUGCUCUUCGGGCCCGACGAUGUUCAUCUCGGACGAUCUGUCUGUGCGUGAUGGGUGGUGGGCUCAGCGCGAUACCGCGCCGCGCGGCCCUGAUGCUGAUGCGUGGCGGGUGUUAGCAGCUGUGUUCGCCGACCGUCCGCUCGGCGCAUCCGUGGUCUUCCACGUGAACUCGCAGGUGGACGAGGCCGACCAGCGGCGCACUCCGCAGUGGGCAAUCUAUCCGUGGCAACGCUGCCUGCCGCUGUUUCUCAUUGCGUUCAUCGCGCCGAACGCCGUGCCCUCCACCUUCGCUGGAAGUUUCUCUGGGGCCACGCGGGGCGCCAUGGCGGCAGAGGGUAAGGCGCCGAGGCCGCCAGCCGUGCAGCGCAGGGCGCCGCCUGGGCGCCGUGCCGCGGCCCUGCUCUGCUCCUCGCACGCCCUGGCCGCAGACGGCAGCUGCUCGCGGUGCCGCUGUUCGGCGUCGCGCGCCGCCCGCGUGGAGUGGCUGCAAACCCCGUGCCCUGGACUCCACAACGUUGGCCCCGACCUGUGCGAGUUGGGCGGCGGGCAGCGGGUCCGCGUCGGCGUUGGCGAGCCGCACGGGUCUCACACGAUGGCGCUCCACACGGCGCUGGACCUCUGGUAUUGCCGCUGCCGUGGUUUCUUCGCUCCGGCUUCUCGGCAACAGUUCGAGCGCGGGCUGAGGGACGAGUGCCCAGCCCGAGGAGGUGUCCGCCCCACUACCACGGGCAAAUUCUACCUGGGCCGCAUCUUGCGCGGCCUGUGGCCGAAGGCCCUGACGCGGGCCGUCGCCGCCCGAGCGGCUGCCGCAGCGGAGGCUGCUGCGGCUACGCCCACGGUGCCGGGCGCGGAGCUCGCGGGGCCGCCCGGCGUUUCGUCCAGCCCGAGAGCUGAGGCACCUGCUCGUUUCUGUCCGCAUGCGUAA